UUUUAAAAUAGUGUUUUUGAUUAUGAGAAUCUUCCAAAAGCUUAAUUUAAUUUAUAGCUUUUUAGUUAGACAUAAAGGUGCAACACCAAAAAUGAAAAUUGAAAAAAUGGCUCCAGUUAUACAAAGCUCUGAAGAGUCAGCUUGCUCAAAAGCUGCUGAUUUCCUGAGUAAAGAACAUGUUAUAGCAGUUCCCACAGACACCAUAUACGGCCUUGCUUGCAGUGCUAACUGUCCAGAUGCUAUUAAAAAGUUAUAUGCUAUCAAAGGAAGAGAUUCUGCAAAGCCAGUGGCAAUUUGUGUCUCAUAUAUAUCGGAUGUAAGGAAAUGGGGUGAAGCCGGUCAUUUGCCAGACAGUCUACUGCACAGCCUUCUUCCAGGACCAGUAACUGUUGUCCUAGAGAGAACAAAGUACCUUGACAAUCCAUUUCUCAACCCAACUACCACUAAAAUAGGAAUCAGAAUACCAAACCACAGUUUUGUGAAUAGAGUUACGAGAAUAUUUGACAAGCCCAUGGCUUUGACAAGUGCAAACUUCAGCAAUGAGCCUUCGACAUUGUCAAUUAAGGAGUUUGAACAUCUUUUUGUACAUUUGGGGGCAGUUUUUGAUGGAGGAUUGUUAAGUCAAGGGCUAGACCAGAACCGAAUGGGAUCUACAGUUAUAGAUUUGUCCCAAUCAGGCUAUUAUGAUGUGAUUAGAAAAGGUAUUUCUUAUGACAGAGUUGUUAAGAUUGUAGAGAGUUAUGGCAUAAAGAAUGUUUAAGUUUUAGUUUACCCUGUGAUAGAAUUAUGUUUUUCAUUAAAUAUAUUUAUGUAAA